AUGGCCUUAGACUACUUAACAAUACCUGCUACAUCUGUUGACGUUGAAUCGCUCCUAUGCCUCAGUUAUUGGAGCUGCCUCAACCUCAUCAAGAUGGAAGACAUUGUCAAGAUUAGUUCCCUACCUGAUGUUGAAGAUACUAAUGAGAAAGAGCUCAAGGAUGGCUGGGACUGCAUUGAGUAG